AUGAUAGAGCUUGAAGAUGCCACAACAUAUCAGCAGUUAAUUAGAAAGCUCCUUUACCUUACCAUCACUAGACUAGAUAUUAGCUUUGCAGUUCAGAGCUUAAGCCAGUUCAUGCAGCAACCUAAACAAUCACACUUGGAGGCAGCCUUUAGAGUGACUUCCUGCCCUAACACAAGGAGGUCAAUCACUGGAUAUGUUUUCAAGUUAGGUGAGGCACUCAUUUCUUGGAAGUCUAAGAAGCAGUAUACUGUAAGCAUGAGCUCUGCAAAAGCUGAAUAUAAGAGCAUGGCAGCAGCAGUAGCUGAAGUCACUUGGGUUGUUGGUCUAUUGCAGGAGUUGGGACUCACUAUAUCCCAACCCGUGUCCUUGUUUUGCGAUAACAAGGCAGCUAUCUAA